CCACCGAGAGAGAAAUACCACUGCUGUCCUCCUAUGCCCACACUUCUCCAUCCGCUUGGGCUCCACUCAGCUGCGGUGGGCUGGGUGGGACGUUUAUUUUCCCCAAGAAUUCAGUGUUCUAGACUGUUUGUCUGUAAAAGUAACUUUGUUCACGGUUAGCUUUCUUGGCUAUUUGCUCCUGCUACAUGGCCAGCUAGCGUUACGAAGCUAACCGUCGUUAGCCGCGGAGCCGGGGGUGAAGCGAAGAGCCGAGGGGAGCGGAAUGGCAAGAAUUCACACUGGUUCCCCUUCCAGAAGAGAUCACGACUGAAAAAAAGUAAACAUUUACUCGUCUCCCAGAAUCACCGUUGCUGACAGAUCCUGAAUCAUGACGGUUGUUGGUGUUACUGUAAUUCCCAUCAUGGUGCAGAAGUAUCAGUCACCUGUGCGGGUGUAUAAGCAUCCCUUUGAGCUGGUGAUGGCGGCCUAUGAACGCCGCUUCCCCACCUGUCACCUCAUCCCCAUGUUUGUGAACAGUGACGUGGUGAAUGAGGAGACGAGCGAGGACGGCACCACCCAAAGGAUUGAGCGGCGCUGUGCCCUGGAUGUCGAUGCGCCACGGCUUCUUAAAAGGAUUGCCGGUGUAGACUACGUGUACUUCAUCCAGAAAAACACUCUGAACAGAAAGGAGAGGACUCUGCACAUCGAGUCUCACAAUGAGACGUUUUCCAACAGGGUCGUUGUCCACGAGACCUGCUGCUACUCAGUCCACCCAGAGAACGAGGGCUGGACAUGUUUCGAACAAACGGCCAGUUUGGACAUCAAGUCCUUCUUUGGCUUCGAGAGCACCGUGGAAAAGAUCGCCAUGAAGCAGUAUGCCAGUAGUAUCAACAAGGGAAAGGAAAUCAUUGAGUUCUACCUAAGGGAGCUGGAGAGCGAGGGCGUCAGUCACGUUCCCCGCUGGACCUGUUCCUCCGUUUCUCCUGCUCUCCCUGCGCCAAGCAGCCUCUCCGCCAGCCCGCCUGAACUCCAGCACCCCAGCGCGCCCGCUGUCUCCGCCUCGCAGCCUGCUGACGCCAAAGAUGGCGCCUCACAGGAGGCAAAGCAGGAUAGUGGAGCUCCUCAGGCCGACAGCCUGGUGGAGAUCCUGGCUGGUACACCUGAAGAUAAACUGGAUGCAGAUUAUAUCAAACGUUACCUUGGCGACCUGACGCCUCUGCAGGAGAGCUGUCUCAUAAGACUUCGCAAAUGGCUUCAGGAAACCCACAAGGGAAAGAUCCCUAAAGACGAACACAUCCUGCGCUUCCUGCGGGCCAGAGACUUCAACAUGGACAAGGCCCGGGAGAUCCUGUGCCAGUCUCUGACGUGGAGGAAGCAGCACCAGGUGGACUACCUGCUGGAGACGUGGAGCCCUCCGCAGGUUCUUCAGGACUACUACACCGGCGGCUGGCACCACCAUGACAGAGACGGUCGUCCUCUGUACAUCCUGAGGCUGGGCCACAUGGACACCAAAGGCCUGGUGCGCGCUCUGGGAGAGGAGUCGCUGCUCAGACACGUGCUGUCUAUCAACGAGGAGGGCCUGAGGCGCUGCGAGGAGAACACCAAGGUGUUUGGUCGUCCUAUCAGUUGUUGGACAUGCCUGGUCGACCUGGAGGGGUUGAACAUGCGUCACUUGUGGCGACCGGGAGUCAAGGCGCUUCUGAGGAUCAUUGAAGUUGUGGAGGCAAACUAUCCAGAGACUCUGGGACGGCUGCUUAUCUUGAGGGCGCCAAGAGUCUUCCCAGUCCUCUGGACUCUGGUGAGCCCAUUCAUUGACGAAAACACCCGAAAGAAGUUCCUGAUUUACGCAGGCAAUGACUACCAGGGACCUGGAGGGCUCGUCGAUUACAUAGACAAGGAAAUCAUCCCCGACUUUCUAGGAGGAGAGUGUAUGUGUGAGGUACCAGAGGGCGGCCUGGUUCCUAAAUCCAUGUACCGCACACCUGAGGAGCUCGAGAACGAGGAUGUGCGUCUCUGGACCGAGACGAUUUAUCAGAGUGCCAGCAUCUUUAAGGGAGCCCCGCAUGAGCUUGUGAUCGAGAUCAUCGACGCCGCCUCAGUGAUCACCUGGGACUUCGACGUGUGCAAAGGCGACAUCGUUUUCAACAUCUACCACUCGAAGCGAGCCCCCCAGCCGCCACGCAAAGACCCCCUGGGGGCCCACGGCAUCACCUCGCCGGGAGUCAACAACGUCCAGCUGAUUGACAAGUCCUGGAUUUUGGGGCAAGAUUACAGCAUGGUGGAGUCUCCUCUGACCUGCAAGGAGGGGGAGAGCGUGCAGGGCUCCCAUAUCACUCGCUGGCCAGGUUUCUACAUCCUCCAGUGGAAGUUUCAUAACAUGCCGGCCUGCUCGGCCACCAAUCUGCCCAGAGUGGACGAUGUGCUGGCCACCUUGCAGGUGUCCUCACACAAGUGUAAAGUCAUGUUCUACACUGAGGUGUUGGGCUCUGAGGACUUCAGAACGGCUUGCUGUGAUGUGCAGAGUUUGGGUUCGAUGACCAGCUUGGAAUCGAGCCACAGCGGGUUUUCUCAGCUCAGCGCUGCUACCACCUCCUCUAACCACUCCCAGUGCAGCUCCAUGAUUUCCAGGUAGAAACCAGCAGCUUCGGACCCUGAACCCCUCACUCCACAGCCUUUAUCAUCAUCGUGGAAAUCUCCUCCUCCUCCUCCUCCUCCAUGUUCCCUCUCAUCUUUGGACUCUAUCGCACAAAUAAAAGAUGAAGAGUUCUGAAACCGAGGCAAAAAAAAAAAAAAAAAAAACUGAAAGAUUUAAAGGGCUGAUUUUUUUGCACAAAGGUCAUAUAUUUUGGUGUCGGACCAUUCACGGGAGGGUUGCUUGGAGGUCAGCGGGUGAAGCUCUGUGGAAGUGGAAAGAAGCAAUAUUUUCAUCCCAUUGGUUGGGAGAGAGACACUGGAAGGCGCUGUUACAUUUAUGCAUUCACUUUAGCAGCCACUAAACGCAGUACUGAGACGACUCAUACCUCACUCAUGCUGUUGCAUUAAAAACACACAGAUGUUUAUGACGUGCACAAAUGAAACGUUUGCCACAUUGUUACUGGAAAAGGGGGCUUUGUGUUACUAGUUAGUUGUUUUUAUAGGUCAAAUGUUGGUGGUUUAAGCAUCCUAACAGACCUGGCUCCAACAUCCACUUCUGACGAAUUUCUACACUUGAAGGAGAAAGUCUCUCCCACCUUGAGGAGCGGUUGGAUAUUCGACCCAGGUCUGCUAGCAGCAAUAACGUAGGUUGGACUUUCUAAUGUGUGAAAUAUUUAUAUUUAUUAUUUAGAUGCAUGUUGGAGUUGGCGCACAAGCAGACAAAAAA